AUGGCUUAUGUACCGGCAGCUCUGUUCUUACUCUCUGCUUUAAUUAUCUUGAUCAAUGAUAAUAUUAUUGUAAAGGCUGCAACAAAUGAGUCACAUGUCAUCAAAUUGGGUUCCUCUCUAUCCCCGGAUUCUAACCUGAGUUCAUGGCUCUCACCUUCUGGCCGGUUUGCCUUUGGUUUCUAUCGACAAGGCAACGGCUUCACUGUUGGGAUAUGGCUUGUUAAUGAACUUAAUCAGACUGAGCAAAGCAUAGUCGUCUGGACUGCACGGCGAGAUGAUCCGCUUGUUUCCUCCAACUCUACGCUACGGCUAACGGGAGACGGUCUGCUUCUUCAAACUGAGCAAGGUGAACAAGUACCCAUUGCCAUCUAUGAUAAUCGUUCUAAGGUUAUCUGGCAGAGCUUUGAUUCCCCAACUGAUACCAUACUAGGGGGUCAAAAUCUGGCUGCUGGCACAUAUUUGGUAUCUAGUGUGUCUGCAUCCAACCACUUUAGCGGACGAUUUUCGCUGCAGAUGCAGGGUGAUGGAAACCUCGUUUCUUACCCGGUAAAUAUCUCCACCAUUUCCGAAAAUGCUUAUUGGUCUUCCAACACUGUUGGUCCCGUGCAACUGCUCAGUCUGAACGCAUCAGGUUUUCUCGUUUUGAUUCCUGAAACUGCACAUCCCUUGGCAACUGGCUCAUACCAUGCCCAUGAUGAUGACGGAACUAUUGUCCACCGUGCAACGCUGGAUGCCGAUGGGAUUUUCAGAUUGUACUUGCACAAUUACUCUGUGAUGAGCCCCAGCUCAAGGGUGUCGAUUGUUUGGUCCAAUUUGCAUAACCAGUGUGAUGUCAAAGGUUUCUGUGGCUUAAACAGUUAUUGUGCAGUCCUGGAAAAGACGAACAAAACUGAGUGUCGAUGUUAUCCCGGUUUUGUAAUCAACCCCGUUGAUAUGUUUCCAGGCUGCUAUCAGAAUGCUAGUGACGAUGGCUGCACUGGCAAUGAAGACCCACGGCUAGGGUACAAGGUAGCUUCUGUCGACAAUAUAUCAUGGCCCAUUGACCAUCCUUAUUCAGUGGUGCCAUUGAAGAACCCGCAAGUUUGUAGCGACUCUUGCCUGGAAGACUGUAGUUGUAAGGCAGCGCUAUAUACUAAUGGCAAUUGCAACAAAUACAAGCUUGAAAACGCAGAGCUUGAAAACGCAACUCAUGGCUUCAAGGAAGAGUUAGGAAGGGGCACUUUCGGAGCUGUUUACAAAGGAACUCUGUCAACUAGCAACAAAAUUGUUGCUGUUAAAAGGCUCGAGAAAGUUGUGGAAGAAGGAGUGAGGGAAUUCAAAGCUGAAAUUACUACUAUUGGACGGACUCAUCACAGAAACUUGGUUCAGUUGCUUGGUUUCUGUAUCGAAGGCUCCCAAAAGCUUCUUGUAUAUGAAUACAUGAGCAGUGGCUCGCUUGCACAUCUUCUUUUUAAUAAGGCCGCGACCGUGCGCCCUUCCUGGAGAGAAAGGGUAGGAAUUGUGUUGGAUGUGGCUAAAGGGGUGCUCUAUUUACACGAAGAGUGCGGUGUGCAUAUUAUACACUGCAAUUUGAAACCUCAAAACAUACUUCUGGAUCACUCUUGGACUGCCCAGAUCUCCGAUUUCGGUUUGGCGAGGCUGUUGGUGCCAAAUGAUCAAACAAAAAUAGCUGCCGGAGUCGAACAGAGAAGCGGUUACUUGGCACCUGAAUGGCAGAAGAACGCCCUGAUAUCAGUAAAAUCAGACAUCUAUAGUUUUGGUAUUGUGCUUUUGGAGACUGUAUGCUGCAGAAAAAACAUAGAGUUAAAAGUUUCAGUUCCAGUUGAGAUGAUUCUUUCUAGUUGGGCAUAUAAAUGCUUUAAGGCCGGAAAAUUAUACAAGCUUGUAGAAGAUGACGAACAAAAUGUGGAUUUGAAGACACUAGAAAGAAUGGUAAAAGUGGGGCUGUGGUGUGUUCAGGACGACCCAGCUCUGCGUCCCCUCAUGAAGAACGUAAUCUUGAUGUUGGAAGGGACAACGGAUAUACCAGUCGCUCCAUCUCCAGAGCUUCGCCAAGCCUGUUGA